UAUUAUUAGAUAAUAUAUAUGAACAGAGAUGAGUAUGAAACCAACCUCAAGUAAGAAGGAAAGUCAGAGCAUGAGGAUUGCUUUUGAGAUGAACAUGGACGAGUCCUAUGUGCAGUCUAUGCUGGACUUGUUGGAGGACGCAAUAAGGACCAUUCAGAACAAAGACAAUGGGGGGCUCAGCUACGAGGAGCUCUACAGAAACGCUUAUACGUUAGUUUUACACAAACACGGCCCCCGCCUCUACAAACUAAUGAAGGAGGUUAUUGAGGAACAUCUCAGAAAAGAAGUCAGAGAGAUAGUUCAGAAAUCGUUGUACAAUAAUUUCUUGGCUACUUUGAAUACACAGUGGCAAGAUCAUAAGGUUUCAAUGCAAGUAAUUAAAGAUGUCUUUAUGUAUAUGGAUCGCGUAUACGUAAAGAAUAACAAAGUUGACGAAGUACAAGAUCUCGGAUUAAAAUUGUUUAAAGAAUUGGUAGUGAACCAUCCAGCUAUAAAAACUCAUCUUACAUCGACUCUGUUGGAUAUGGUUUCAAAAGAAAGGAGGGGUGAAAUAGUGGAUAGGGGUGCAGUAAAGGCGACCUGUGAGAUGUUGAUGGCUCUCGGAAUAAAAACAAGAACAGUUUAUGAAGAAAACUUCGAGCAGCCUUUCCUGGAGGUUUCAGGAGAGUUCUUCAAGAUGGAGAGCCAGCAGUUUUUAGCAGAGAACAGUGCUUCAGUCUACGUUAAGAAGGUGGAGGCCCGCAUAAAGGAGGAAGCUGAGCGGGCUAAACAUUACCUCGACCUCAGCAGUGAGGGCCCCAUUACAAACGUGGUGGAACGGGAACUUAUAUCCGUGCACAUGAAGACUAUUGUUGAGAUGGAGAAUUCAGGAGUAGUGUACAUGUUAAAGAAUGAUAAGCAGGACGAUCUGAAGUGUAUGUACGGGCUGCUACAACGAGUGGAGGGUGGUUUACUUUGUAUGUGUGAUGCUAUGAAAGGAUACAUAAGGGAGUGUGGUAAGACACUGGUGGAUUCCGAGGGAGAUAUCAAUAACACAGUAACGUACGUACAGAGCUUGCUGGAUCUGAAAGAGAGGUUUGAUCAGUUCCUCAAAAACUCGUUCGGUAACGAUCACACCUUCAAGCAAGCCAUCUGCUCGGAAUUCGAGCAUUUCCUGAACCUGAACCCUAAAUCUCCAGAAUACUUAUCACUAUUUAUUGACGAUAAAUUAAAGAAAGGAACUAAAGGGUUGUCAGAGCAAGAUAUCGAGAGGGUGUUGGACCAGAGUAUAGUUUUGUUUAAAUUCCUCGUUGACAAGGACGUGUUCGAGAGGUAUUACAAACAACACUUAGCAAAACGUCUGCUCAAUCACCGCUCCGUUUCUGACGAUGCUGAAAAGAAUAUGAUAUCAAAACUCAAGACCGAGUGUGGUUGCCAGUUCACAUGUAAACUGGAGGGAAUGUUUAAGGACAUGAGUAUCUCUAACUCUGUCAAUGAGAAGUUCAGGGAAGUCACUAAAGACAUGCCUCCCCUCUCUAUUGAUCUUAAUGUCAGGGUUCUCACUACUGGUUACUGGCCUAUCUCCCCCUGCAAGGUCACAUCAAAACUUCCCAAAGAAGCUGAAAUAGCGUUUGAGCGUUUCAAGACCUUCUACCUAAAGGACCACAGCGGCAGACAGUUAAACUUGCAGCCUCACUUGGGACAGGCUGAUAUUAAUGCCAUAUUCUAUCAGAAGAAGGACGAUGUAGUGUCUCCUAAACGUCACAUUUUACAGGUGUCAACAUAUCAGAUGUGUAUUCUAAUGUUGUUCAACAGACAACAGUCCUAUACGUACAAGGACAUAGAAACAGAGUCAAACAUCCCAGAAAAGGAGUUGAAGCGAGCCCUCCUCUCUCUUGCAGUAGGAAGAAUACAGCAGCGAGUUUUACAGAAGAACCCUAAAACGAAGGAGAUUGCUUCUACAGACGAGUUUACUAUAAACGAUCAGUUCUCCUCGAAACUCAUUCGCGUCAAGAUUCAAACUGCGAUAGCGUCUAAAUCGGAGACAGACCCUGAGCGCCAGGAGACGAGGCAGCGGGUGGAUGAUGACAGAAAACACGAGAUAGAGGCCGCGAUAGUGAGGAUAAUGAAGGCGAGGAAGGAACAGGAGCACAACGUGCUCAUAGCUGAGGUUACAGGUUUACUGAAGUCCCGCUUCAUGCCCUCCCCAUCUGCUAUCAAGAAGCGAAUAGAGAGCCUCAUCGAGCGAGAAUAUCUCGUCAGAUCGCCCAACGACAGGAAAGUAUACAUGUAUCUAGCUUGAAGUGGCUACAAUAAUCUACAUCUCUAACUUUGUCGUACAAAAAGAACAGUUUUCUUUCGCCAGCGAUCUCUCAGUUUGCCUGGAGAAUAAAUGUUUCAACUUUGAUGGACCAAUCAGCUAAUUGCUAAUUAGCUAAUUGCUAAUCAGUUAAUUGCCCAAUUAGCUGAAAGAUGGCCAGAGAUUAUAGUCUAGGAUUUCGUGUUAACAGGUCGACAAUACUGUGAAUGUUAUAUUAAUUGAUUACUAUCAAUUAUUGUAAAUUGGUAUUAAUUAGUUGGUACGAUUAUAUAUUUGAGAUGUGUGAAAGUGAAGAGCUUUUAUUGAGAAAGAAAAGAUUAAAACUAUUAUAGAUUUGAAAUUCCGAGGUUGCACUUUCAUUGUUGAGGCGCGCUUUCGUUGCACGUGCAAUUGUGUAAAGCACACUUACGCCGCGCAUCGACUACAUGGGGUGUUACCGUGACAACUGCGCAACAUCUCGGUUGUAGAGGGUUUACUGUCAGAUAAUAUUUCUUUAGAGAGGAGAGAUAAUA